UAUCUUUCACCGGAUACUCGUGUGUGGUCGUGGGUACUCGUGGGUGGUCGUGGGUACUUUAGUUCAAAGCCUUUGUUUGCUGACCGGUGAAUUUCAUUGGCUCAUUGCAAAAAAAAAAGGCAUGUAUAAACAGCUCCACCUCUUGUGAGCGGCCAUUACGCAUUUUUUCCCCCCUAAGAGAUCAGACGGUGGAACAUGGCUCCCAGGAGAAGGAAGGUUCAACGCAGGGGCAACACACAACCCCCAUCACCACCCACCAGGCAGGUGGAGAUGGCACAGGUGGAGAAUGCCCUGAAGGUGGAGAAUGCCCUGAAGGAGGAAGCCCUGGAGUAUGCCUCCAUGGAGGUAGGCCUUGUCCCCACCACCACCCCAUCUGGGACUGGCCUCCCUCAAAUCAACAAUCCAGGCACUGCUGCUGUUACUGCAUCAAUUAAAGCUGACCCAGACACAGCAUCAGACACCAAUGCCUCAAUGGAAGUGAAGGACAGGAGGAAGGUUUUGCCUAAUACCUUCAGCAGGGAGCAAGAGGGAGACCUGGAAGAGUGGAAGCCCACAUUACUACAGAACAAGGUCAAGGAGUUCCCUGACCGUACCUAUGACCAACUCAUGCAAUGGUUCACGAAUCAGAGGACCAUCUAUGGAAAGGUCACCGCACUUGGGACCAAAACAGGGUCAGCUGGCAGCACACUGACAGAGAGGAAUAGGUGGAUCGAGGAGAAGUGGCGGUUCCUAUCGGGGCAUAUUGUGCGUACAGUGACCAGGACUAGCGCACCCAAGCUCCAUAAAACUAUUCGAGACUGCGAAAGAUUGUUGCGGGAAGGAUGCGUGACACCAAUGGGCUUCACGCACAGGGCAUUCGACUUCUGUCGCUCAAUGAUGGAAGAUGAAAUAAGUGAUGUUAAUGGAAGCACGUGCACCUGA